ACAUACAGAAUGAAUGGUGGAGGAGCAGAGCGACACCGGAAGAUGACCAUGAAUCAGGGAUGGCUGGCUGCCGGAGGCGGAGAAGAUGGCCACCCUUCCAACACGAAGAAGCUCGAUGAGUUACCAGAACGGUUCAUUAACCGCUACGUUCUCGUGCUGACAGUCGCACUCAUGACCGUCAGAGGCCUGGGCGUCUUGGCGUUCGCGUGGUCUACAGUCGUCCUCCUUGGUGGCUUCGUCACAUUGCUGGGAAGGCUGGAUUUCUGGUUCAUCACGUUGAUUAGCUUCGCCCAGUCAGCCAGGAUCUUCGGUGCUGUGGCGGACGAGCAGUACCUAUAUUUUGUUGAACUUUUGUCUCGUCCCAUCAUCGGAACUGCUAAGCGAAUGCUGAACCAAGUAUGUUGCGGAAACAAGAAGCAAUCAGCUACCACACCACAGCGUAGCUACGAAGAAUCAAAUGAGGAACCUCGUGCCUGCUGCAAUAGGUUUCCAUCCCUUGGCAUGAAGGAUGCAACCACGAUGCUGAUCAAGAUAGGGUUACCGAUCCCAUUGGUUCUCGUUGUACUUCACCCGGUGUUUGUCUUGUUCAACAUAGUGGCCUCGUUCGUGCGCCUCUGGCGCAAGGACUACGGCCAGGAAGCUAACCUGAAACCAGCAGUGGUGAUCUUCUACUCUCUAGCUUUCAGUCAGGGUGUGCUCUACCUGCUCUGGCUCAUCCUUGAUGUCGGGAAAGUGCUGCCAGUGAGACUAGUGGUCCAGAAGUAUGGGUUUCACGGCACCUGGAGCACACAAUAUGUCCGCCGGUACCUUAUUGACACCAAAUUCAAGUGCCUCAAGGACCUGUCUGCUAUCAAAGGAAGGAAUCUGAUCACAUAUGCGUCCGGCUUGCUGGAUUCAGACUACAUGAAGGACUACCUGUGCGGAGAAAGGAUUCUGGUCUACUUUAUCGAGAGAGAGAUGCUUCCCAGGCAAGAUCUGAUCCGCUCGUCCAGGAAAAGGAUUCAGAAACUGAUCAUGAUGCUGUCGUGGACAGACGAACAUUACCAAGAGAUCAGACUGCUAGCCUCAAAGAUCGUGGCGCAUGUUGCUGGCCACGUCAGUAUUGCUCAGUUUCCAGGGACUCUGGAAAGCGUCUCUUCCCUGCUCGAUCCAUCGGAGAACAACCAUAUCUUAUUCCGCUCUUCAUCAUCACCAGACAGAAGGGGAAAUGAUGCUGAUCACACCGUGCAAAUCAAAAUUGAUGAUGCACACGGCAGGCAGGAGUGCCAACUGAUCGAGCAUGGCCUCAUUAUCCUACACAAGUUCACCUUGGACACAAACAAUUGCAUAGAAAUGUGUAAAUCUGAUGUUCUGAUCAUGCAUAUCUUGGCGUGGAUCUGUUCUAAACCAUUCAUCCCAGUCAAUGAGCAGGCUGAGUGGAUAGACAUACUGACACGGUCCUUCAAAGUGUUGAACCAGCUCACAAGUGUUCGUGGACAGGCUGGAAAUGAGGUGCGUAAAAAAGUCAAGUUCGAAUUGGAACCAUCAUGGAUCAAUGGCUAUGGGAGUCACCCUGAGAUACAAAUGCUAGCCAUAGACCUUCACAUGCAGGUUUUCCUCAAGCAUUUCGAGGAGCCUCAAGAAUUCAUAAUUAACAAUUCGAACUCUGAUAAACACAAACAAAACAAACCCAGCCCGAAGUCUGACAAAAGGGAGAACUUCCUUAUGGUAAUUUUGAACAUCUUCCUCUCCUAUAAAGACAUGGAAAACGAGGGAAUAGGUUCAGUUGCCUCACGGAAGGUUCAAGUGAAAGCUGGGGAAGCAAUCGCUAUGGUCUCGGCAGAAGAAAAGAAUUAUGAAGCUAUGUUGAAGGUGAAAGGAGAUAUUGUUAUAGAACUUUACCAUAUAAUUUUUUCGAAGACUGAAAUAGAAUACAGAGCCAUCGCGGCAGAUAUAUUUAAGCGUUUUUACGCCAACGCUGUUAGGGAACCUAAGGAAGUACUUCAAAAGGUGCUCGAUCUACUUCAGACCAGUAUGGAAUCAGAAACAUUAGGGAAUGGUGAUCUGCCAGUUUAUCCUGAUUCUAGCAAGCAUCCUGAUUCAAAGUGUAAUCAGCAGAAUUAUGUUAAGAGACUGCAGGCAGCCUUGCUGCGCAUAAUUUGCGUAAUACAUCGUAGUCGACAAAUCACAGCAAAGGAUUUAGUUGACGUGGUUGGUUCUGUUUCAUACAAAUCUUGUUAUGUGGGGCUUCUCAAGGAGUUGGUAGACAGGAAUAAAAGGGGAACCACUGCUUACCCUAUAGAGAUCGUAAAGUGGGCUGCAAUGAUAGUUGAUUUGAUGAUACAGAGCAAAACCGAGUUAGUGCAACAAAUAAGGGAGGAGGGGAUUGUUGACUCGCUGAUUGAGGCAUCCAACAUCAUGUCAGGUGUCGAUAGCUGGACGAUAUUCCGUCAUAUUCAUCGACGGGGGGUUGUGUGGAAUCAAACCUUAGCAGAAAUUGUGAAAGACAUUAAAAACAGAACCUACUGAACUGCAUAGAAGA